UGUUGAAGAGAAGUGAGUAUAAAUAUUGAAAUGGCCAUGAUUGGACGCAACAAACAAUCACAUUAUUGGUUACAGAACUGUUGAUGGCGGCGUCGUUAAGCGAAACAUUUUUCAUCUCCCACGGAUCGCCGAUGCUGUCUGUGGACGACGCUAUUCCCGCGCGCCACUUCCUCAAAUCAUUUGGUCGCACAUCGUUGACCGACAAGCCCGCUUCCAUUCUCAUGGUUUCAGCCCACUGGGAAACCCCCCAACCCGCCGUCAACGCCAUCUCCGGCCCUUCCGAUACCAUCCACGACUUCUACAACUUCCCCAAGCCCUUGUACCAGCUGAAGUAUCCAGCGCCGGGAGCACCGGAGCUGGCGGAUAAGGUGAAGAAAUUGCUGGAGGCGGGUGGAUUCGAGCAUGUGGUCGAGGAUAAGGAGCGCGGGCUGGACCAUGGGGCAUGGGUUCCACUUAUGCUCAUGUAUCCAGAUGCUCAUAUUCCUGUGUGUCAGCUUUCUGUCCAAACACAUAUGGAUGCAACUCAUCAUUUUAACUUGGGGAGGGCUUUGGCCCCCCUAAAGAAAGAGGGAGUCCUCAUAGUUGGUUCUGGUUCCGCCACACAUAAUUUGAGGACUUUGAUUGACCCCAGUGAUUCUGUUGCUUCAUGGGCUGCUGAGUUUAACAAUUGGCUUAGAGACUCCCUCCUCGCCGGAAGAUAUGAAGAUGUGAACCAGUAUCUGGAGAAGGCUCCAUUUGCAAAACAAGCACAUCCACGGCCCGAGCAUUUGUAUCCUUUACAUGUAGCUAUGGGUGCGGCUGGUGUGAACGCAAAAGCUGAGCUCAUCCAUGAUAGCUGGACCAGUUACACUCUCUCCUAUGCCUCCUACAAGUUCUCUGAGUCAACCUAAACAGACAAGCCAUCUUCUUCUUUUAUGGAUGCAUUGCAACUGUUUCAAUGAUUAUUUAAGAAUUGUUUUCCAUUUGCUCUUUGGUAUGAAAUGGAGCACCCUAGCUAAAAUUUAGAGGACUACAUAUUUCAGUUAUAGGUUUGUGUUCAAGUAGUACCAUAGAUGACGUUUGUGGUGGUGGUUGUUUGUCUUUUCAGUUUUUGUAAUUUAAAAUGUUAGCUCUUGUCAAUAUUAGUGGGAAUUUGAUGUUUGAAUAA